CGCACUUCCGGUCCCUCUCUUUUGUCCUUCCGGCAGCGAACGCGCGCUCCCGCGCUCGGCGGGGAUCUCCGGGGGCCGAGGGUCGGUGGGCGCGCCCUCCUGGCAUCAUGGCCCGAAACGCAGAAAAGGCCAUGACGGCCUUAGCGAGAUUUCGCCAAGCUCAACUGGAAGAGGGAAAAGUGAAGGAACGAAGACCCUUCCUAGCCUCAGAGUGCACGGAGCUGCCCAAGGCUGAGAAAUGGAGACGACAGAUCAUUGGCGAGAUCUCUAAGAAAGUGGCUCAGAUUCAAAAUGCUGGCUUGGGCGAAUUCCGAAUUCGUGACCUAAAUGAUGAAAUCAACAAACUGCUAAGAGAGAAAGGCCACUGGGAGGUCCGGAUCAAGGAACUGGGGGGCCCCGAUUACGGAAAAGUUGGCCCUAAAAUGCUGGAUCAUGAAGGCAGAGAAGUCCCAGGAAAUCGAGGCUACAAGUACUUUGGUGCAGCAAAAGAUCUGCCUGGCGUUAGAGAGCUAUUUGAGAAAGAACCCCUUCCUCCUCCGAGAAAGACCCGUGCCGAGCUCAUGAAGGCGAUCGACUUUGAAUACUACGGGUACCUCGAUGAAGACGAUGGCGUCAUUGUGCCCCUGGAGCAAGAGUACGAGAAGAAAUUCAGAGCCAGCUUAGCAGAGAAGUGGAGAGCGGAGCGAGAGGCCCGGCUGGCGCGAGGAGAGAAGGAAGAGGAGGAGGAGGAGGAGGAAGAGAUCAACAUCUAUGCCGUGACCGAGGAGGAGUCGGACGAGGAGAGCAGCCAGGAGAAAGGAGGGGAGGGCGGCCCGCAGAAGUUCAUCGCUCACGUGCCGGUGCCAUCGCAGCAGGAGAUCGAGGAGGCGCUGGUGCGCAGGAAGAAGAUGGAGCUCCUGCGGAAGUACGCCAGCGAGACCCUGCAGGCCCAGAGCGAGGAGGCCAAGAAGCUCCUGGGCUAUUAGGGCCGAGCCGGGCUCUGCCGCCCGAGGCUGCGCGUGGAGCUGGCUGGUGCCCGCUGGAGGCCAACACGGCGCCUUUCCUCCCUCCGCACCCCCAGGGCCCGCCUGUGUGUCAGUCUCACCGCCCCCCGAGAGCGUGGGCGGCUCUCUGACACCGUGGCUUGGGCCAAGGGUGGCUGGCCGGUGGCCAGUGCGGGUCCGGCCUGGUGCCGUGGUUUGGUGGGGGAGGAGCAUCAGUGACAUUUGUCUCAGAAGCUGUUUUUCCUAACGAGACCUGUUUGUCCCUCCUUGGAUGUGAAAAGAGACCAAAGGGGUGGGGGGGCGGGCAGGAAGGCAGCGCAGGGCCUGGCCUCGCCCAGACAAAGCAGGUAGGGGAGAAGCUGCCCCAGAAGCUGACCGCAGUGCCCACCCGGGUCAGCAGCCACUGAGCGGGCCCUGGCGCAGCCGCCUCACGCCGCCUGCCAGCUCGCAGGGACCCACUCUGCCUCCGUUUGCUGUCUGGAACUGCAGGGCUGUUUCUAUUAAAGGUUUUUAUAUGGAAGAGAAGCCCCUGUCCGCGCCUCGUUCCUGGGGGCUCUGCAUGCAGCGGGGUCUGGGCCCUGGCAGGGAGCCCAGUGUGGGGCACCUGUCCUCGCUCAGCCCCGCACCUGCAGUGCAGUUGGGGGCCUUGCCCGCCAGAGACAGGGGUCUUCCUCUUUCCUUCUCCCCUCUCCUCCAGGUCACUCCCAGUGCCCACCAAAGUCUUGUGGUGGCAGCUCCCAGGGUGGGCAACGUGUCCUGGCCCGCAGAGUCCGCCCCACACCUCCUCCUGGCCAGCAGGCUGGUGUCUGGCCCGUUGGGAGGGCGCACAGCCCGCUUGGACAGCUGGGACUGGCUUGGCAGACGUGUCCAUGGCUUGGAGGGCACAGAACCGGGCUCAGCAGCCGUGGGUGGGCAAGUUGUGUCGUGGUUUACGUGAGCUCGGGCUCUGCCCAGUUCCCAAAGUGGCACUGUCGUCAAUACAGAGACAAGGCACCCGCCGCAGGUACACCCCGGCCCUCCUCUCCACCACCAUCCUCGUUUCUGAAACCUCUGACAUCCCCUUCUGUUCAGGCUCCCGUGCCGGGGAGCAGAAAGUGAGCACUGGGGCAAAGCGUUGGCCUCUGGGCAGUCAGCUCUGGUGACCCCGACACCAUAGAUGGCCCCGCACUUCUCCCCAGGGCCCCAAACAAUCCUGCACUCCCCACCUAAUCUGAAUGCCUCCCGCGUCCCCAGGCCCCUGUACUCGGCCCUGCCAGGUCCUCAGGCUUCUGUACUCAGUCUUCCGUGUCCCCGGGCCCCUGUACUUGGCACCCCCGUGUCCCCGGGCCCCUGCACUCGGCACCCCGUGUCCCGGGGCCCUGUAUUCUGCCUUUGCCUCCAUCUGUUGCUCUUGAGCAAUUUCUUUUUUUAAAUUUUUCUUACUUAAAUUUUUUUUAGUAACUUAAAAAAUAUAUAAACUUUGUGAUUUAUGAAGUUAUUGAUAAUUGGAGUUUUAGGCUAAUAUUUCCACACCAAUCCCACCAUAAGGGUCAGCUCCCCCGCAUCAUGUUCCUAUUUCUUCCCCACCCUCGAACCCUGUCCCACCCCCUACCUGUCACCUUGACAGCCACAUGACAAAGUUCUAGGGGUUGUGGCUUAGGUCUCAUGUUCUUCGUGUUUUUUUUUUUUUUGACUAAUACAUAUACAUAUAUUUGGAUAUAUAAUUGUUCUAGGUUCAUGAUUUACCUAGAGUUAAUCUUUCUGGGAGGAAAGAUAAGGACUGCAAUGGCAUAGUUAAUUUUAACUUCCCUGUCCUUUGGAAAAAGAAGAAUGCAGAUUGAUAGAUGGAUGUCCUGUCUUUGUAUUUCAUCACAUAAAUUGUGGUUUUUCACUUCCUUGAUUUCCUCCUCUAAAUCUGAGUUGCCAUCUACACUCAUUGCCAUUCGCCUGAAUUUGUGGUUGUCUUUAACGGCAGGUUAGCUGGUGACAGAUAACCUGCAGUAGAUCUUUGUUUGUGUAUUUUCUUUCAUUGUUUGCUUAUCUGAAAAAUAUUUCAUCUUUGGAGGAAGAAUACGUUCAGACUUUCAUUAACAUUUUGAAAUGUCAUUCUUUCAACUUGCAGUUUCCCUUGCUUCUCUAAGAAGCCAGCCUUAGUUUUGUCAUUAUUUCCUAGUAUACUAAUUGUUAUUUAUUUUCUGGCUACUUUUAAAAAAAAUUAACUUUAGGGGCUGGAGUGAUAGCACAGCGGGUAGGGCGUUUGCCUUGCACGUGGCCGACCGGGGUUCAAAUCCCAGCAUCCCAUUAUGGUCCCCUGAGCACCGCCAGGAGUGAUUCCUGAGUGCAUGAGCCAGGAGGAACCCCUGUGCAUCGCCAGGUGUGACCCAAAAACAAAACAAAACAAAAAAAUUAACUUUAGUUAUCAGUAGCUUGAGUGCUAUACAUGACUAGAUAUGAUUUUCUUUGUGCUUGUUGUGCUCGAGUUUCUUGAGUUGUUUAAAUUAGUAAAUUGAUUUUUUUAAUAAAAUUCAGAAAGUUUGGGGCCAUUA